CUGCUUGUGUGGUAAAAGCAGUCCGAGCCUCAGUGUGCGCACUGACAGCAUGGCAGGAGACAGAGACGGCACGUUGGACAAUCAAGCCGAAAAUGAGCAUGUUGUCAGGCAGCCUUUCCUCAUCGGGGUAGCCGGAGGCACUGCCAGCGGCAAGUCAUCAGUUUGUGGGAAGAUUAUGGAGCUUCUUGGUCAGAAUAAGAUCGACCAUCACCAGAGGCAGGUGGCCAUCCUCAGUCAGGAUAGUUUCUACAGGGUACUGACCCCUGAACAGAAGACCAAGGCUCUAAAAGGACAAUUCAACUUUGACCACCCAGAUGCAUUUGAUAAUGAGUUGAUAGUCAAAACCCUUUGUGAUAUCAUGGAGGGAAGAACUGUCCAAAUUCCUGUCUACGACUUUGUUACCCACUCAAGGAAAGAAGAGACAGUAACUGUUUAUCCAGCAGAUGUAGUUUUAUUUGAGGGCAUUCUUAUGUUUUAUUCGCAAGAAAUCCGAGAUCUUUUUCAAAUGAAGCUGUUUGUGGAUACGGAUGCAGAUACACGUCUGUCGCGCAGAGUCCUGAGAGACAUCAGUGAGAGAGGUCGUGACCUAGAGAAAGUGCUAAGCCAAUACAUAACAUUUGUCAAGCCUGCCUUCGAGGAGUUCUGUCUGCCAACAAAAAAGUAUGCUGAUGUGAUCAUUCCACGGGGAGCCGAUAAUCUGGUUGCCAUAAAUUUGAUAGUGCAACACAUUCAGGAUAUUCUGAAUGGUGGUUUGACAAAACGCUUGAACGGAUACCUCAAUGGCCACAACACACCUCGUAAACGGCAUCCCUCAGAAUCCAGCAGCAGGCCGCACUGACCAGCCCUCCGUCAGGAUGUCCGGAAUGCAGGAGAGAAUGAAUAUGUGAUCGAUGGAUGCAAAAGGAAAGAAGGAUUGCUUGUGCAUUCUAUUAAUUAGCCAACACUUUAUAAGACAAAAAGAAUCAUGAAAGAUUUCAAGAAUUUCAAAGUCUGCCUUUUUAUUUCAUUCUGCUUCUUCCUUGUUCUUCUACUUUUUGGGGGGGUUUACUUUAAGACUGGUUACACUUGAUGUUUUAGGAAUUAGAAAGAUAAAUAAAAUGAUAGUUCUGGGAUUGUCAAAAAAAGGUCAAAAUGGAUAUUUCCUAUAUUUAUUUCCUUGUUUAUUUAAAAAAUAUAUAUAUUAUUUUUUAGUUUGUUGUCUAAAAUUUUAGAUUUUUUUUUUUAUCUGUAACUUUUAUCCUUUUAUUUAAAUAAUGUCUUCACUGGAAAAUGUUGUUUUAAAAUCAUCCCUUCUUUUUGGUUCACAGUGAUGGAAUAAGUCUGUAGUAUUCUGGGAUUAUUUGUAAAAUGUCCAUCUAUGAUCAGAAGGAUAAAUGGCAAAAGAAUGAACGUUAAUUCAUCUUAUUUCACUUGAACAAUUCAGGCAGUGUUGCUACAUCACAACAGGCCUCUCAGGGUGAAGUUACUACAAAUAAAAACAAUAACUCACUUUUUGUCCUAAAGAGACAAGAGCGUAAUCUGCAUUUAAAUUGAGUCUAUACAGAAGAGACCACACCUAUAAAAAAAGGGCUCUAAUCUUCCUAAUUAGAGCAGAACUAAAUCUAUUGCAUGUAUUCAUAUUUGGUUCUGAAUUACAAACAUGGUACUUCUAGAAAAUGUACAAAGAUGCUAGAUGAUCCUCAUUAAACAUGGUCAUGUACUUUAAAACGAAGCCCAGUGGUUGAUUGCAGCAUUGCUGUGGAGUGUUAGAAUGAAUAGUGAUCUCUUUGUUAAGAGAUUUAUGUUCAUAUACUAUGCACUGUACCCUUGACUCUAAUAAUGCAAUUUGACAGUUUAUGACUCUCUUGUGCAAGGCAUUUAGAAAAAUGGAGGUGCUUACUUGAAAUGCAAUCUCAGUAUAUUUAUCCAUUGCAAUGUUUUUACUCAGUCUUUGACAAAACUCACCAAAGAGUUCAUUUACUGUUAAUUUAGUAAAUGUUUUUACAUUUCAGGCAGUGUAAUUUCCCCCUGUAGCUCAGUUUUGCUGCAUCUUAGAGCCAGAUUGAAGCCAUUUUAAGGCACUCUGAAACCAUUCAGGGAUGUGAAACUGGACAAUCUAACCUUUAAACUUGACCCUGACUGUGAAAAUACCCCAUGCACCUUCCCUUUUGAUCUUGAAACUUGAAGCUUUCACAAAAAACUGGUUAAUCGUUGAUAUUCUUAUUUAACAUUGUUUUCAUUUGACUAUAUUUUAUUUUCUGAUUAGCUUCAUUCGCAUUGCUGCUAUGAUACAGGGUUACUCAUUUACUAUUCUUAUGUACAAAUUCUAAAUAAUCACUUAUUGAAUGAUGUGAAUAUUUAUUUGAUCGAGUAUGAUAAUUUUGCAGAUAAUGCCAUUUAAUUGUCAGAUUAUUAAAUUUCAUCAGAUUCGUCAUCAUUCAUAGCUGAGCCAGAUGUAAAAAUUAAAAAAAAUUGCAUAAACUAUUAUAAAUAUUUUGUUGACGUCUGGUCCUCGGUUUUGUUUGGGCAUUAUAUGUGUGAUUCAGUCAAUAUGUUCAUAGAUAAAUAACACAAUUCUUAAAAAAGAGCCAGUUUGAAAACACUGCAAAACAUUUUGUGCAAACAUAAAGUUUUUGUAUGUGAAAUUACAGACUGUUAAUUUUAUUUUCAUGCCAUUACUUUAGCUAAAUAUUGUAAUAUUAAUUCUCUAAACAACACUUGGUUAAUCAAACAUUGUGGCUGUCAAACAGUGAUAUUCAUACCUUUCAUUAAAAGGUUUUAAUAUAUUAGCACAGAUUUGAACACCAGCUUUUAAAAUGGAGUACAUAUUACUAUUUUGUUCCCCACACAACCACAGUUCAGCCGUGAAUAAAAUCAUUAUUUCAUAACUGUUAUCAUCUCUAUCUUACCAGCUUGCACACCCAGUGUGUAACCCUACUUGACAGAAAGUGAUGCAAACAUAGUACUGUUUUUCAGAAAUUUGAGGGAUUCCAAAGAUUUAAGAUGAUUACGUUGUUUAACGUGCAGUCAGUUAAUUUGGUUCCCUCACUAAUGUCUGUAAUUAUAGCAAAUACUGAUUUUACCAGAAUAUGUGACAACCUUGCAUUAUUGUUGAUUUAGAAAGAAAUCCUAGUCUGUAACAGAUUGUCUUGUUGCAAAGUGGGGUGACUUCGGAGGGGAUUUCAAAAGUAGGGUGUUCUGCAUGAUGUAUCAUUAUAUGUUUAAUUAUUGUUGCCUUUGAGUUUUGGUGCUUGCAAAAUGGGAACAAAAUGCAAAGAAAGCCAAAACUAUGAUAAAAUCAGAAAAGGUUGCAUGCUUGUGUUGCUGGACCAAACAAACUACAGUUGCAAGGCUUUAAAACAGUAUUUCUGUGACACUGCAAUUAAUAUUAAUAACAUGUUUUCUUGAAAUGUUACUCUGUAAUCUGUGGACUGGCUUUUUUCUUUUUCUUUUUAAGUGUUUCUGUGGUUAAACAAAUCCAUGAUAACUGUAUCACAUUUACAUGUGUAAAGAAUUGCAGGAAUUUGUAUAACAAAGUGAUUGACAGCAAAGCUGCAUUAAAUAAAGGUUUUUCUACUC